AUGUCGUCUUUUCAACUCAUAUCUAUGUUCGUCGACUUCAUCAACUACACAACACAUAUGGCGGAGUACGCAGCAUGCGAAUACUGUAAACAGUUACAUACUUCAAAAAUUCCUCCCCGGUUUAGAACGACAAAAACUAUUAGAGCAAAGAGGAGACAAGGGCUGGAUAUAGAAAAGAUUACAGACGUUGAUGAUGAGGUUGAAAAUGGUGAUGCCAUUGACGGCAGGGAAUUCUGGGCGAGGAAAUCCUGGUGGGAUGGGUUAGAGAUCGACACUGGUGAUGAAGAGUGGAUGGACUCGGAGGAUGAAGAAGAGUAUUAUGACAUGUUUCAUGACGAUGCCGACGAUAAUUAUUGGAUUCAUGGCGAGGACGAUAAGGAAUCCGAGGAGGAAACCACAAAUUGA